GCUGCCGCCGGCGGUCCGUGUGUGAGGAGCAGUAGAGAACUGUGGACAAUUCUGCUAGGAAGGUCAGCUCUGAGAGAACUGAAUCAGAUUGAGGCAGAGCUGAAUAAACAUUGGCAGCGGCUGUUAGAAGGACUUUCUUACUAUAAACCUCCCAGUCCAAGUUCAGCUGAAAAAGUGAAAGCUAGUAAAGAUGUAGCUUCACCACUGAAGGAACUGGGUUUAAGAAUCAGCAAGUUUUUGGGUCUUGAUGAAGAACAGAGUGUGCAGUUACUCCAGUGUUACCUUCAAGAGGAUUACAGAGGUACUCGGGACUCGCUAAAGACGGUGCUGCAAGAUGAGAGGCAGAGCCAGGCCUUAAUCCUGAAGAUUGCGGAUUAUUACUAUGAAGAAAGAACCUGUAUUCUUCGUUGUGUCUUACACCUUCUCACUUAUUUCCAAGAUGAAAGACACCCCUAUAGGGUUGAAUAUGCCGACUGUGUGGAUAAAUUGGAAAAGGAGCUAGUUACAAAAUAUAGACAGCAGUUUGAAGAGCUUUAUAAAACUGAAGCACCAACAUGGGAGACACAUGGAAACCUCAUGACUGAGCGCCAGGUGUCUCGCUGGUUUGUUCAGUGCCUUCGGGAGCAGUCCAUGCUGCUAGAAAUCAUUUUCCUGUAUUAUGCAUACUUUGAGAUGGCACCUGGUGACCUAUUGGUGUUAACCAAGAUGUUUAAAGAGCAAGGAUUUGGUAGUAGGCAGACUAACAGGCACCUGGUGGAUGAGACCAUGGAUCCUUUUGUGGAUCGGAUUGGCUACUUCAGUGCCCUUAUCCUGGUGGAAGGCAUGGAUAUUGAAUCCUUGCAUAAGUGUGCUUUGGAUGACAGAAGAGAACUGCACCAGUUUGCCCAGGAUGGACUUAUUUGUCAGGAUAUGGACCGUUUGAUGUUGACCUUUGGGGACAUUCCGCAUCAUGCCCCAGUGCUCUUGGCAUGGGCCCUCCUCCGUCACACUCUGAAUCCAGAAGAGACAAGCAGUGUGGUCCGGAAGAUAGGGGGGACAGCCAUCCAACUGAAUGUCUUUCAGUACUUGACCCGACUGCUCCGCUCGCUGGCCAGUGGGGGAAAUGACUGUACCACCAGUACUGCGUGCAUGUGUGUUUAUGGACUCCUUUCUUUUGUCCUGACCUCCCUGGAGCUGCACACCCUGGGCAACCAGCAGGAUGUAAUUGACACAGCAUGUGAAGUCCUGGCAGACCCUUCUCUCCCAGAACUGUUCUGGGGAACA